AUGAGACCUGCCCUGAACUCCGUCGAAGUCACAGGCUAUGAUAACUAUAGACUUCAGGAUCAUCAGGAAGAAGAUCAGGAUCCCCUAGACUUGGGAGAUGUGGAAGGUCGAAUUCAGGUAGUUGGGACUGAUAACCAUGCCAUAGAACAGGCCACGCCUAGCCAGUUAGAUGGCCAAAUUAUCCCAGGGACUGGGAAAGUUACCAAGAAGCUGAGAAGACACAGAAUCCUCUAUGCAAGAGGGGAUUGGGGAUCCAGACUGCGAAGACUUAAGAGGAGGGCUAAUUUUACAUCCCCUCCAUAUAUCACCUUUGUCUAUGCUAGGUGUGCUAGAAUCCUGAGAAGAGCUCUCUGGGAAGAAUUGGCAUCAUUCUCCUCAUUGGUUCAAGGGCCCUGGGCUGUUUGUGGGGAUUUCAAUGCCACUCUUGACAACUCAAAGAGAAGAAGUCGUAGGCCUGCUGACAAAGCGAGCUCGUCUGAUUUUGCUGAAGCUAUUAACAAUGCAGGGCUGCUAGAUCUGGGUUUCUCUGGGAACCGCUUCACUUGGAGUAAUAACCAGGCUAGAUCUUCCCGCGUUUGGGCAAGGUUGGAUAGAGUCUUGAUCAAUGUAGCUUGGUCCACCCUUUUCUUGCCGUUCCAGGUUACCCACCUUCCUUGUAUCCAAUCCGACCACGCCCCGCUCCUCCUGGUUUUCCCUGCGCGAACGACUAGCGGCCCGAAGCCUUUCAGAUUCCAACAGAUGUGGGCCCAACACGAUUUGUUCAGCCAGGUAGUCCGGUCGGCAUGGAACAAGGCGGAGUCCACUCAUCCAGUCUAUAAUGUCCUCUCUAAGCUCGAGCAGGUGAAGCACGAUCUCAGGAUCUGGAACAAAGAAAUUUUUCGGAAUGUAUUUGAGAAGGUGCGGGUGGUUGAGCGGUCUCUAGUGGAUUUGGAGACUCAGCUGCAAGAUGCUCCAGAAAUUUUCUGGAAACAGAAAUCAAUGGUCAAUUGGUUGGCUGAGGGGGACAGAAAUACCCGAUUCUUCCAUGCAGUUGCUACUGAAAAACAGCGUAGAUCAGCCCAGAAUGACGUGCUGCUGGCUCUUCCCACGUUAUCGGAGGUUCACCACGUGGUCCUCUCCAUGCCCAAGGACGGUGACCCGGGGUCGAAUGGUUUUCCUAGGAGUUUUUACGCCUGGGAGGUGGUGGGACAGGACAUUCAUAAGGCUGUCACGUUCUUCUUCCAAGGUGGAAACCUCCACAGGGCCGUUACUUCAUCGGUUAUUUGCUUGAUCCCUAAGUCGAACUCCCCCAAACGGUUCUUGAAUUUUCGUCCAAUCAGUCUCUGCAAUUGUCUAUACAAGAUCUUCUCUAAAAUCAUCGCUAUAAGGUUGAGUCAGGUUCUCCCGCUACUGAUUUCUUCGAAGCAAGGGGCGUUCAUCUAG